AUGGAAACAGAACGUUCCAGAAGUUCGCCAAUAGAAAAGGUGAUCUCAACAGCCGAGCUUCUGGAGCUCAUUCUACUACAACUGGACCUACGAACACUCCUCACCGCUGCCCAGCGAACUUGUCGACAUUGGAAUAGUCUUAUCCGAGAGUCACCCGCCUUACAAAAGUAUCUAUACUUUGCGCCAGACGAGAGUGCCUUCAAGUCCUGGAACCCUUUAUUGGCCGAAGCUUUCCCUCCGUUCUUUUCCCAAACUGGCGGAUCAGCAACGGGGUUUGGGAGGUUUACUUUUGCGACUUUCGAUAUGAUCCAUUACCCCGAUAAAAUAACCGCGUAUAAUCGAAAAGAAGCGACUUGGCGAUGCAUGCUCGUCCAGCAGCCCCCGAUAAUGGAAUUUGCCUUUUUUGACGUGGUCUCGUCGCGUUUAGUGAGGUUUUCCCAGAGCAUCAUCCGACCGAAGAAAACAAACUGCUCUCCCCUCAAUUAUGGUUUGCGCAUGGGAGCGCUAUUCGAGUUCGUGGUCACCCGCGGACCCCUUCGCUACGAACGACAGAUGUUCCAGCGAGUGUUCUGGGCAUCCUCGGGACCAGAAGACCACCCGGUGUGGACACGCAAUACAUCACUUAUUGAAGCUUUCACCAAGGCCACUGCGCAAUUCGACCUCGUGGUUUAUCAGAUUGCCGCGCGGGGCUGUGUCCGACACAAGCCCAGUGUCACUGAGGAGGAAAAGAUGAGACGACUGAUAUUUUCCUCUUACGCGGAACUAAACCAGGAGAAGGAUCCGGAGACGUAUGAUGUUAUUGAUGUUGAGCAGGACCCUUUGCAAUCAAAAGGGUAA